UUCUAAAGUCAUGAAAAUUUUUACUGUGAUUCUUGUUCUUACUAUCAUAUCUUUUGGAGUUAUAACUCCUAUUAAUGCUGGAGAUGUAAUCCGAUACAAUAUGACUCUCGGUUUCAGUAAUCAAUUAACUGGUACUUAUGAGACUGGAUAUUGUUUCUGUACAGAUAGUGCAGGCGGAUGCUGUCCAGAUGGGACACUGGAUUCAAAUGUUCCAAGAAGAAGAGUAAUGACAAUAUAG